AUGGACAGCUUUUCAGAAGCACUCCUGUCUGAAUUGCAACAUACAACAGAAGUGUUAAAACGGGCAAAUCUUGCCGAUCGUUCACCAAAUGUUCCUGAUUUGGAACCAUGUUAUCAGGAACAAACCAGAAGGCCGCCAUCUCGUCAUGGACUGGAUAGUUUAGAGCAUAUGCUUGAUGAUUAUACAGAAAAACGAAAAGAAUAUACAGGUAAGUAUUGA